AUGCCUUCGUACGCCAUCGUAGGAAACUCCCGAGGCAUCGGGCUCGAGUCCGUCGACCAGCUUUCGAAGACAUCCUUCAAUGCGAUCUUGCCCCUGAUCGAGCAGGGCGAGGAGUGGAAGAUUGUGCACAUUAGUAGCACCAAGGUAGACAUCGACCUCAUCAAGAAGACCGGACUGCCGAGCUCGGUGGCAUAUGCUGUUGGUAAGGCCAGCAUGAACGUCGUGAUUGCUAAGUAUGCGGCUGAGCUUGCACCGAAGGGUAUCAAGAGCUUGGCUCUCAGUCCAGGCUGGUAG